AAAACAUGACUCGUCCCGUGUCGUUCACUCAAGCCACCCUCUCACCUGACCCGUUGUGCGCAUGCGCCGAUUGUGUGUGUUGGUGUGGGUGUGUGUGGGGUGGACAGGCGCCCUGCAACCCUCCAACAGCCCUUCGGCGUCAGAAAAGUCCCCCGCCCUUAGUACCAGUGUAGCUUUUCCGACGGACACCUAACGCCGGCUGGCUUGGCCUAUUUCCUUCCAUAGCGGUGAGUGACUGAAAUCUCUGAACGGACACAUCGCUUGAAGUACUCUCGCCACGAGCCCGCAAAUCAGACCAUUGCAACUAUGUAAUCUCCCAGUCGAAUCGGCCGUGCUGAAUCAUCGAAAUCGUGGCUAAGAUUCAGGUUAUUUUGAGUGUUUUGAACUGAUAUCAUACUGUGACAGUGAUAAAGAUUUGAUGCGAAACUUGAAAGGAUGAGACCGGAGAUGGACAAUCAGAAGAUGACUGGAUCAUAUCCAAUAAAAAAUUCACUUCUUUUGCUUCGUAAUAUGAAAGAACAGUUCUGUGAUUAUUCUAAUUACUAAAUACCAUAACCAUUUCCAUCAGUAAUAAUAAAGACUUUCAAGCUAGAAAUAGGUUACAUAAAUCUCAAUAUGGAAGUGAGAUUAAAAUGCUCUCAGAGGUGGCACUUUCCUAGUAACUUUCAUCCAAACAUUGUGCCAACUUUAUUUGGAAGUAUGCUUCCAUUAAUAGUUAUAUUCCUCAUUGCCAAUUCCGAUAACAUCGAUUCAGUAGCAGCAUCAGCACAAGUAUCAUGGACGCCUAUCCACUUGGACAGUAGCAGCCAAAUCGAUCUAUGGACACAGAAAGCGUCAGGGUGUCCAUGUUCAUACGCCCCCGACAAGAACGACUGCGCCUGUUGUGUCCAAGAUGGCGGCUGUCACUGCGGGGAGGAUUCUCCGCACCGCUGCGCCCAGUGUGGCCUCACCCAAUAUUGCACAUCCAUGUGCAAUAUGACGCUGGAUUCGAGAGCAUUGAUGAGCUCUUCUAAUAAGACGUUCGGGCAGAUCAAGUCGCCCGCCGAUCAGGGCCCCUUCCUCUGCUGGUACAACUUGCAGCCAGACACUGGACAGCGAGUUGAAAUUCAAAUUUAUCGUCUUGUGAGCGUCGGGAAAUUCAAUGGAACACAUUGUGAGUCGGGAUUCGUUCAAUUGGUGGAAGGCGGAGAUCCUGUGGUCGAUCCAGCUGGAACUCAGAUUUGUGGCGGAAACGAGCGGUUUUCACCGCCUGUCGUUCUGUUCGGUGACAAAGGGACUGCAACGCUCAUUUUUCAGAUAACAGAAUACACCGUGAGAUCGCAGUUCUUGGCCUAUUUCAGUUUCACCUCUGUCAACAGCACUGGAGUUGGAUUCCAGCCUAUGGGUGGCAGGAGACUGGAACACACUGAUUGCGACUGGUUGUACCAGGAUUUCCUGUGCAGAGAGCCGGGCUCCUGCAAACUUGCCAGUCCCGGAUUUCCCGGUAUCUACGCUCCAAGACGCAGAUGCCGCUAUCACGUCACCAUCAGCUCAAUGCACACUUGGGUCAGGCUCAAGUUCCUCUCUCUCUAUCUACCACACAGUCAUUGUAACCAGGACAAUGUGAAGAUUUACCAAGGUGCAACCAAUUCAAGUGCUCUUGUGGCAACACUAUGUGGCAAUAGAAAAAAGCAGGAAUUGAAUUUUCCUGGACCAAAUCUACUAAUUGAGUUUUCAUCUGGCCCAGCAGUGCCUCCUUUCGACUACAAUGGGUUUAUGGCUAGCCUGGAAUUCUGGCACAAGCCAGUCAGCACAGAGGCCCCCACCACCACUCAGAGGGUGACUGAGCAGAGUGUCCUGAGUAAGUCAUUGGAUGCAAAAGGAAACAAUGCGGUGCAAUCAACGGCUCGGCCAGCUUGUGAACUGGUGUUCAAUGGCAAUGAGAGCAGAUCUGGGCAUUUCGAUAGUCGCAAAGAGUCCUGGCAUCAGAAUUGUAGCUUCGUAUUUAUUGGAAAGCCAUCCGACGUCGUGCAUGUUUCUCUUUUCAACUACAAGCUGAAGUCACCAUCAUGCCAAUCCACAAUUGAAAUCUAUGAUGGCUUACAGAGUGAAGGUCGCAAACCUACCAAGAAGAUUUGUAGCCCUUCAACUAAGCAUGCUCAGGAUCCGAGUGGCAAAUUCCAUGAGCAACAGUUGUUUGUUUCUUCUGGUCCAGUAUUGAAUAUCCUACUUCGUCGAAUGCCAACUCACCAAACUUCAUCUCAAUCUGAACAGGAGUUCCUGGAUGGAGCAUAUGUCUUCCACGAUGAGCAUAUUGGUGGAACAUUACAGCCGGAUGCUUUGUGCAACGUAGACUAUUUUGGAAUGAGUGCCUCAACGUAUGGAACUGUAACCAAUGCUGGAAAUCAGCAUGUAUUCUGGAAUGUAGAAGGCCCUCUCGAGUGUUCACAUAGAUUCAUUCCUGCUGCUAAUCAGAGUGUCACUGUUCAGUUGGUUUCUCUUGGUAAACUGAGGACAGAUCCGAGACAAUGCCACACGAGAUGUGGUGACUCGGCUUGCCAGUGUGAAACCGACCUGUUGCCUCUCUCGCAAAUUGAUCAUAUCAUGUUCAUGACCGACACUCAGCUAACAUUGUCUUGCAUCUGUGGAAAUUUCGAGGAGGACUGGUUGCCUGUCGGUGUACGUUCGUGGUCCCCAGUGAGAGUGGUCUACCAUCUCGCCCACUACAGCUGGACAUCAAAGGGAUUUCAAUUCAGAGCCGACUACUCAUUCACCAACGAUGCAAUGUGCGGUCAUCAAGUGCUUACUCAGCAUCUAGGAGUGAUAGAUUCAGCCGAUCUACAAAUUAGCAGUCAACUGAACUAUUUCUAUCAUCAGAGCUGUACCUGGCUGUUAGACUCAAAUGUCGAAAGACAACUCACUGUUGAACUAUCAUCCAAUCAGAAUCGACAGUGCAGUGCUUGGAAUUUGAGCAUUCAUGAAUAUUCUGAACAAAAUGAAGAUCGAACUGGAACUCAUCUCUACACAUUUUGCUCUCGAGAGAAACAUAAAAACUAUUCAUUGCCUUGGAAGCUAAAUAUAGUCGUUAUCAAGUGAGUCAGUCCUGAAUUAAUAGUGAAUGGAACUUCUAUUUUUAUU